AUGGCUUGCCUCCUCGAGUUUUCUCCUAACGGCAGGAACAUGGGAGGCCGUGCUUUGCGCGGGCGGCCGGAGCACACAGAUGCCAUUCAACACAGUGGCACUUGGCAUGUGCAGCUCAAGGGCGAGAAGGUAUGGACCGUGCGACCUACUGCAGAGCUUCAGCGGCAGGCGCCCUCACUGAAGGGAGGCAAGCCAGUGAAAAUCCACUGCAGAGAGGGUGACGUUUUGUGUAUCAACACCCGACUUUGGUGGCACAAGACCCACAUUCCAGCCGGCUGCAAGCUGUCCAUCAGUGUUGCCCGCGACAUGUACUUAGACGGCACUCGGCCUGGUGCCUGUGACAUGACGAACAUUGAAGGCCACUAUGCUGUCAGGCCAAUUCAAAAGGGUGCCAUCAUAUUUACGGAGGACAAUGCGCCACAACUGCAAUUGCCAAGGAGCUCCAGCUCUAAUUGUGGAGUUCGAGAAGGUCAAGAUGGCCGCCUGGUGGUUGCCGCCAAGCGAGCCAUCAGGAAGGGCGAAUGGUUUUCCAUCAGCGAAAGUGAAGAGGAAGAAGAGCCGAGAGGGCGAAAGCGGAAGCGUUGA